UAUCGGUACCUUGUUGAAGAAGUGAGUAUCGCACAGAGUGUCGUACACACGGACAUAUGUUUUCGUACAGUUGUACCGAAUAGCCAACGAACAAGCGUCACUACUCACAAUAGAAAAUGCAGAUCCUUACCUACGUUUGCUGACAAUUAGGUAUUCAAAUUUGAGUUUGUGAAUAAACUGCUGUGGAUUUGGACAGUCGGAUUACCGAGGUUAAAACGAGGGUGCAUGGAAUCGUUUGAACGUAGAGAAAAACAAUGCAACCACCACCAAUAGCAGUAACAUCUGGAAAAGUGCCAGUUUUCGUCUUUCCUCAAAGCAUUACGUUUUACCUGGAUGAUCAGUCGACUCAUAAACAAGUUCUCACCCUAUACAACCCUUACGAUAUACCGAUAAAAUUCAAAGUGCUGAGCACGGCGCCUAAUAAAUACAAAGUCGUUGAUCCUGAAGGAAUACUCAAAGCACAUUGCUUUGUCGACAUAGUUGUAAGGCACACAGCUCUCACAAUAGCAAACUGUAACGUGGUCGAUAAGUUUAGAAUAAAAAUGCAGGAACAUCCAUCAAAGCAGGGAAUAGGUAAACGAGACGUGGAAGCAAGACUUUUAAGUGGAACGUAUGAAUCUAUCGAGAGAAGUAACCUGGAACAGGAAAUGUUUCAACACUUACCAACUAACGAAGGAAAGCAGCAAACUUCCUAUGCGCUUACACCUCAGAAUAAACAAAUUGAUAGAGGGACAAAUUAUGUGGCGUUAGUAGCUGGCAUUGUUUGCAUAGCGGCGCUUUUCUUGCCUACCGAAGGGGAGCACAGUCCUAGAAUUCCUGACUAUCUACAUCUCUCCGUUAACUUCAAGCUUAUAUUUUCAUUUGUAUUAGAUGUUGUUCUCAAAUAUUCUUACAAUUUCAAGAUUUGUCACUUAUCAUUCAAUUUCGUGAAAACCAGCUUGGAACUCCCGACGUUGGGCUACGGCUGCGUAUGAUUUAUUCGAAUUUCGUCAAAGAUCCGCUCACGGAUGAUUACCGGAAGUUGGAUCUGGGAUCGAACGUACCGGUUGUCCGGUUCGUAAGUAUAAUACCGGAACUCACAUCACUUCCGUCAAGUUCGAGAAGGGGAAUAACGGCAAAUAACGUACCAUUGUGACGCCGAACAAGAAUCUCGAACUCGAAUCAGUCGGCGAAAAUAUGCGCGAUAACGUCUCCAGUAUCUAAGAGACUAAAGAUAUCAAGAAAGCCGAAUCUGUAUCAUCGUCGUCUAUAACGUGAAGUUAGAGGUCGAAAAAAUGAGUAAUUUACCACCGAAAAAUAUAUCAGAAGGUUACUACAAACCGUGGGGAUGUCAUCAGAAAAUUUUGGCUAUGCAUCGUUUCGUGAGCGCUGUAGAACUCUUCGAUGUGUUACACGAAGCAAAGAGAACUGUUUUCAAAAGAUCUGCAAACAACCCGGUGGUGUGUCCUUUAAAAACCUUGAGUUACAUAUAUCCAGUGGCUAGAACAAAACGAUUUCCCGAAGACAUGGUGUUAGUAAACAUAAGCACCGGUGGUGUAGCCACAUUAUUGGACACAAUGAUUCGGGCGUAUGAUGACAGCGAAUCAUAUUUUCAUGAGCGAAACAUAUAUGACGUAAUACAUUAUCUAAGUUCAAACGAUCCCCAAAAGUUGAGAGAUGGCGGUGUGUGGGAUCGCGAAGCUUUUGAAUCCUACGAAGGACUGAUGUGGGUCAACCACCAACAAAGUGAAUAAAGAAAAGAAAUGAUGUUUCCUGUUGCGGAAAUGUGAGUAAAGAGAGACUCGCAUCAAAACGUCAAUUAAAUAUUGAUCAAAUAAUAUACUAAAUUGCAACACCGAUACAGCCAUAUCAAAUGUGACGGAGAUCAGUGUAUAUUGGGAAAGAGAAUUCAAAAACCUAGUAGGAUAUCAUUCGAAACUGAUGAUUAUGUUUGUCCCUUCCUUAAACUUAUGGUUUAGUUGUUUAAGUAAAGGUAAAGUGUAAUAAUUUAUGCAGUUAUGAAAAGUACAGAAAAAAUUGAUUCCUUUUUUUUUGUUACUUUUGCAAUUCUUUUGUUGUAUUUUGUGGAUAUGCAUGCUAUGCAUUAGAUAUAAUAAAUGUUUUUGCCGGUUUUAGUUUUUAUGUAAUUAUUCUGUAAUAUUUUUCAACACUACUAUCAUGUAUAUACAUAUGUUAAUACUUAAAGUGGUAGGAAUAGGGGAUGAGGGAUACGAAUCAAGGGGAGUAAAUUAUUGUGAGAAAUCUGGCGGAGGAAAAUUUUCAAAAAUUUAUAAUAUACAUUUACAGAAAGGUAAACAGAACAAUGCUAUACUUUUUUCCUUUUUUCUGUACACUGAACAAUAAAUAAAAAUUGUUUCCUUUCGUCUGUUUAUCUAUGUAGUAGAUGCAUUCUGCUGCAUUGGUUGAUUUGUGUUCAUAUAUUCACAUCAGUAAGUUCGCUUUCCGAAUUGUUUUUUACAUGCCACUAUUAUAUUUAACAUGAAAUGGGGCAGACAGUUUUUGU